AUAGGAGAGCCUCUUUCCAGACGUUCCAAAAACUGCUUGGGAGACUUGGCACCCGGAGGGCCGAAGUUUGCCCAUGCCUGAUGAGCAGUCCUUUGGCUCUGGAAUAGGAGAGCCUCUUUCCAGGCUUGGAAGACUUUGCACCCGGAGGGCCGAAGUUUGCCCAUGCCUGAUGAGUGCUGUGAAGAGUAGAGCUCUGGCUGGAAAAGGUAGAGUGCGCCUGGAAGUGGAGGCUCUGCUGUGGGUUGGCCCAGCCUCCCCGCCGGGCGUUUCCUGCCUCUCUUCCUCCUCCUCCUCCUCUGCUGCAUCUGGCAAGGGGCCGACCUCAUCCUCCCCUGCCCGGCCUCGCUCUCUCUCUUUCUCUCUCUUUCUCUCUCAUUCCUCCUCCUCCUGCUCCUCCUCCUCUUCCUCCUCCUCCUCCUCCUCCUCGCCUCGCAGCCUCCGCUUCCUCGGGGCCGGGGUCCUUCCUCUCCGCUCGCCCGGGGGCCAUGGGGAGGCAGCGCCGGAGCCGGGACCCUCCCGCCCGCCUGGUGCUGCUGGCUUUGGCGCUGGCCUCGGGCUCGGCGCUGCUCCUGGCCUCGCUCAGCCUCCUCCUCGCCGCCUGGCCCCGAUCCGGAGCACGGCUCCUCCAGCACCAAGACCCCGCCGCCCCCGUCCCGCAGGAGCUGCUCUCGGAGGACGAAGCCGAGGACCUGGCCCCGGUGGCAGUCUCUACUGGUUGGAACAGCCAAGGGAAGUUCCUGCACCAUCUUGCCCAGCAGGGGGCGCUCCGGCAGCGAAGGCAAGCGGGCAAAGGGAAGCGCUCCAGACCUCGCCGGCCCAGCGCUGUCUCGGCUGCGCACUACGAAGUCCAAAGCACAGAAGGACGAGCUGGGAUCCAGAUGCCAAUGGGACCAUCCAUGGAUGGGCAGAAGCCAAGCUCAACACCACGAGCCCCCUCCGUUACGACCGGGGCCGGCGGGAGUUCACGGUGGUCAAGAGGGGCCUCUAUUACCUGUAUUGCCAGGUCCAUUUCAAUGAAGGGAAGACCAUCUACAUGAAGCUGGACGUGAUGCUGGACGGGGAGCUGGCCUUGCGCUGCUUGGAGCAGUUCCCCCCGACCAGCUCCGGACCCCAGGAGCCCGAACUGAAGGUGUGCCAAGUCUCCGGCUUGGUCCUGCUGACCCCCGGAGAGUCCAUCCGGCUCCGGACGAUCCCCAAGGUCCGGCUGAAGGCCGAGCGCUACCUCACCUACUUCGGCCUCUUCCAGGUCCACGCCAUGUUACGUCCAGCCACGUCGUCUCCAGGACUUAUGGAUAAAUUCCGGGCAGUGCAGGGGUCAGCUCAGCCCCAUUCUUUCCUGAAUGCCCUUUGGGUGGUGGGCUGUGCCCUUGGCCUGGGGCUGCUGGCCUGCCUAUUCUUCCUGGUCAGCAUCCAGGGCCAGCUGGCCAUCUUGCGAGGAGAGAUCGUGCAGCUGCGAGGAGAGCUGGUGGCGAGCAAGAUGUCCGAGCAGAAGGCCUCAUCGCUGCAACAGCAAAAGACCUGGCUCUUGGGAACAUUUGAGAAGGGGCAUAAUUCCUUUGCUUUUUUUAAAUUUCAGAGGUAUGACACUUUUCUGGCACCGUUUUUUUUACAAGAGAGGCCCCUGGAAAGAAGGAAGAGGGAGGUGGCAAGGACAUCGCAUGAACAACCACGUCAACGGAGAAAACAGUCCGUUCUUCAUUUGAUCCCAGGCCAUCAUUCUAGCAAUGACGAGGAGAAUGAGACCGAAAUCUGGUGGGAGCCCUUCCUGCAGCAAGGCCGGGCCCUGGAGCUGAGAGGCCGGGAUGUUGUGGUCAAACAAAAAGGACUUUACUUUGUUUACAGCCAGGUACUAUUCCACGACCCCACUUUUACAAUGGGGCAAGUGUUAUGGAGGAUGGCUGUGGGGAGACCAGAUCAAAUCUUGUUCCGCUGUGUCCAGAGCAUGCCUGCACACCCAGGAAAAGCCUACAACAGUUGCUAUAGUGGAGGGAUCUUCCACUUGCAACACGGAGACCGCCUGAACCUACGUAUCCCGCGAUUCAACGCGUCUUUCGAUGUCAGCGCUCAUGGGACAUUUUUAGGGCUGCUGCGUUUAUAGAGUCUGCCAGCCUGGUGUAAUCCAUAAUUGAAGAAUAUUGGGACAAUUAAGCAAUGCUGGAAGGUGGAGCCUUGGGUCCUGGAAGCGUCUUGAUGAAAGAACGGCAGUGUAGUUUCUCUAAGUACUUUCACAUGGAACCGACGGAAUCCCAAGAUAUGAAAGACGGGAUUUGGAACGUAAAUAGCGAGGAUCUUGGACACAGAAAGUUGGCCUUUCCAGGGAUCUCUUUCCCCCAGUUUUCCAAGAUUUCAGCAUCUUUGCUUCCGCUGUUUCAAUUGUGAGAGGACAUAUGGCACUCAUCUUGAAUUUUUGCAUUCAGCCAGAACAAAGAAAUGAUACAGUGGGUACAUCUACACUGUUGAAUAAUUGCAGUUUGAUACUGCUUUUUUAAAAUGAUUUUUAUUGCAUUUUUCUAAACGUGUACAGCGAAAGAGUGAGAACAUAUUCUGAUAGGAAAGCAAAGAAAAAGAAAACGAGAACCCACAAUCUCCCUCCCUGCCCCCCCCCCCCCCCGGAGGAGAUAGAUAGAUAGAUAGAUAGAUAGAUAGAUAGAUAGAUAGAUAGAUAGAUAGAUAGAUAUAUUAGCUGUGCCCGGCCACGCGUUGCUGUGGCUAGGACUUAAUUUUUCUUUUCUUUUUGUUGUAUGAACGUAGAGGCGUGGAUGAGAGGUUGUGCUGUCAAUUUUUGAGGUUGUGUGGCAUUUAGUUUAGUUGUUUUGUCCGGUGCCAUGAUUCCAUUACCCUUUUAUAUAUAUAGAUAUAUAUAUAAAAUAUAUGAGGAAAAACAAAAAUUAAAAAAAGGAGAGAAAAAUAAAAUAGUUGACUUCCGUUCAUUUUCCUUUAUCCCAUAGUUGUCCGGUUUCUAUACAUCUCAAAAAAAAAAAGUAAAAAAAACUUUUUUUCUAUCUUCUAAAGUCUAUUCUUCCUGUUUUCUUUCAUUUAUUUUGCAUUUGUCUUUAUAUAACUCUCAAACAUUGUCCAAUCCGUCAUCUUAAUUCCUUUUCCAUUACUCUGUUUUAAUAUAUAUGUCAGUUUGUCCAUGUCUUUUAUUUCCAUAAUUUUGUCUAUCCAUUGUAUCUUAGUGGGGAUUAUAUGUUGUUUCUAAAACUUGGCAAACACAAUUCGGGCAGCCGUCGUAAAAAAUGUAAAUUGUUUGUCUGUGUCCAAAUCACCAAAAAAAAUCAAAAUCAAACAUAACUAAGAGAUAAAUUUCAGGUUUCAUUGGGAAGACUUUUUUUUAGUAUUUUUUUACAUUCUGUAUGUAUUAUUAAUCUCCAAAAUUCGCCUGUUUUUCCACAUGUCCACCACAUGAUACUGCAGUUUGAUACUGUUUUAACUUCCCGCACAAAAGCUUUGAGUCCCUGGGAGUUGUCGUUGGCAGUGAAAGGUUAAAGACUAUGUCAAGUUACAAUUCCUAGGAUUCCAUAUCCAGGACAGUUAAACUGGGGUCAAACUGCAUUAAAUCCACAGUGUGGAUGCACCCUGUGCAAUGGCCAGUCUUAUUCUAUUUUUUUUUCCCUCUCUGUUAGGAAACGGGCAUUGCUUCCCACUGUUGUAAACACAGCUUGGUGAGGUUUGCAAGAAUGUCACCUUGAAAUGAUGUUGUCCUUGGUGUGUGGUGGUAACUAUUUUAAAUGUUAUUGUAAUGCAAUGGUUUGCGGUAAGCAAAGGGUUUGGUUAAAGGAGGCUAAAAUAAAACGUUAGCUAUGCCGA